AUGAUUUCACCCAAAAACGAUAUCUACAGUCUCGGUUUAACGUUAUGGGAAAUGGUUUUAAGAGAAAAACCAUUUGCCGAGUAUAUUAGGAAAUUUCAUCGAGGAGAGGACUUUGAUCGAGAGAAAUUUAACGCUGAUAUACAAGCAAAAAGGUUGACCAGAAUCAGAGGAACACAAUGUUGGCCGGAGUUCGAGGAGCUGAUUCUCAGUUGUGUCAAUUUUGAUCGAAGGUUGCGACCAGAGGCAGGCGAGGCCCUGCUUACUGUCAGAGCCCUUCAGGUUACCGAUUUUCUACAACCACUACCUGAUCGACCUAUC